AAAUUAGCUCUGGUGGCUGAAAGUGUUUUUAAAACAUUCAUCAUAUUCAUAGCAUUUGUUUCCAAACAGUGUAAGGUUUGGGACAUCAGCAAGGUUUGAAACUUUCGUUCUUCUUUCUUUUUGAGCUUAAAAUUUCAGAAAACCAAAAAUAGUCCUGGGCAUUUUGGCCAGAAAAUUGCUUGGAUUUGUCCAGGAAAACUUGAUAGGUUCCCAAUAAAAGCUUAUUAUAAAAAUUUCAGCUAAGUAUGUGGCAAAAAUGGGCAGUUCUAGUUUCUUUAAUGACCUUCAGAGUCGUUGCUAACUCAACAGAGGCCUCUGUUGGUAGUAGACAAGAUAAAGCGCUGAAUGUUUUCAAUGUUGUUCGAUUUCCCAAUGAUGUAUGCAAUACGACUUCUGGAAAGAGUGGAACCUGCUAUUCAGCCUCAGAGUGUUCUGCCUUUGGAGGCUCCAGUCUUGGAACCUGUGCUUCAGGGUUUGGGGUCUGCUGCGGAUUAACGGCUUCGUGCGGUGCAACAACCUCUGUCAACAAUACAUACUUUAAGAGUUCUACAUCAGAUACAUCUCCUUGUCAAAUAUUUGUCUGCAAGAUUACGAACAACAUUUGUCAGAUACGAUUAGAUUUUGAUACAUUUGACAUAGACCAACCAGUGUCCCAGGACGUAAGUUCAGCAACUACAUCAAAAACGCAGUGCAACAGUGCCCAGUUUAGUGCUACAACAGAUGGCGGAACUGCACCAGUUAUCUGUGGGACUAAUACUGGAUAUCAUAUGAUACUGGAAGCAAAAGAUGCGUGUAAUUCUUUAACAUUCUCCUGGACCUCAACAUCCUCUAAACGCUCUUGGGAUAUGAAAAUCUCUCAAAUUCCUUGCGACGUUUCUUGGAAGCCUCCAGCAGGUUGCCUACAGCAUUUCACUGGAACAACAGGAACUGUAUACAGUUACAACUACCUCGGUGGAGUACAUCUUGCCAACCAACAGUACACUAACUGUAUCAGAACAGAAGAAGGAUACUGUUCUAUUGCUUACUCAUCUUCUAAAUUUGAGGUUUCUGAUGUUGUGAAUGAGGGGAAAAUUGGUGGGGAGUGCGUAACAGAUUACGUUAUCAUACCACGCGCGGGAGGCUCUACUCUUCAAGAGGGUAUUAACUAUGACAGGUUUUGUGGUGGACUUUUAACCUACACAGUACCAAAAACUACUACAAGAACUCUUUACACCGUUCGUUAUCCCUUUCAGAUCGGGGUUUAUUUUGAUGGAACCGAAACAACAACAACACCAGUUGCUGAGAAAUCGUUUGGUUUCGCGAUUAGUUAUAAACAAUUUGCAUCCUGCUCACUGCCUUAAUUUCUAAAGGAUUGAUAUGAAGCUUUUUCGUCUUUAUUUUCUUUGCGCAAAUUAAUUUGCCUUUUCUCUUGUUACUGUAUUUUCUCUUGUUACUGUAUUUUCUCUUGUUACUGUAUUUUAAUGAUUUUAAUCGUUUUAGGUACUCUGUGCAAUCGUAAUCAUUGUGCCUUGUGUUUAAAAUGUUUUGUAUUAAUAUAUCAUUAGUUUAUUAUGAAAUACUAACUGCUAGCUUGGAAACCCGGCUUUGCUUGGAGGUUUCCCAAUAAAAUUCAACUCAUUUAACUUUAAA